GUGUCCAAACUGACUUUAACUACUAUAAAUACCAACCUUUGAACCAUCUUCAUAUCACACAGAACAUAGAUAAAGAGAGAGAGUUUCACUUCACUUCACUAUAUAUGCUCUUUGUACAAGAAGAUGAUGAGGAACCAGAAGUUCAUGCCAGCAAUAAAACACUUGCUUGUCAUCUCGAUAGCUAUCAAUGCAGGGCUUGUGUUGAAACUACUGCAUGAUAAUAAUGGACAUGAAUGGGCGACUAAUGGGAUGAAUGAGGUAAGGGUGGCCAAGGAUGUGUUUCAUGGAGUGCAAAAUUUGAGCCGUGCAACUGAUCAGUACAUCAAUCUGGACCAUGGUGAUCCGACCAUGUACGAGGUCUAUUGGAAACAAAUGGGAGACAGAACAACACUUGUUUUAUCAGGUUGGCAAUCCAUUAGUUAUUUUUCAGAUACCAAGAACCAUUGCUGGUUUCUGGAGCCAAGCUUUGCAAAUGCAGUAACUAGACUGCACAAUCUAGUUGGUAAUGCACAGACUAGAAGCUAUCAUAUUGUAGUUGGAACGGGAUCUACACAACUGUUUCAGGCUGCGUUAUAUGCCCUCUGUCCAUCCAAUGCACCAGAGCCAAUGAGUAUUGUAUCUGCUGCCCCAUUUUAUUCGUCAUAUCCACUGAUCAUUGACUGCUUGAAAUCUGGUCUCUACAAGUGGAAAGGUGAUGCCUCUAAAUUUAACAAAGGUGAGCCUUAUAUCGAGCUUGUGACUUCUCCCAAUAAUCCUGACGGAUCAAUCAGGCAAGCUGUAGUCAAUGGCAGUGGAGGAAUUCUGGUGCAUGACCUAGCAUACUAUUGGCCCCAGUAUACUCCGAUCUCAUUUCAGGCAGACCAUGACAUUAUGUUGUUCACAGUUUCCAAGUCCACUGGACAUGCUGGGAUACGUAUAGGAUGGGCACUAGUGAAAGAUAAAGAAGUUGCCAAGAAGAUGACUAAAUUUAUAGAGAUCAGCAGUAUUGGUGUCUCUAAAGAUUCACAGCUCCGAGCUGCUAAAAUCCUUGAUGUUAUUGCUGAUACCUACGAGCAUACAGAGAAAUUUGACAAGGUUAAACCCUUCUUCCAUUAUGGCAACAAUGAAAUGGCAAGGCGAUGGAAACAACUGAGAUCAGCAGUCAACAAAGGCCAAACUUUUAGUUUACCUGACUUCCCUGUUGAAAAAUGCAACUUUAGUGGUCAGAGAUUUGGAACACAACCUGCUUUUGCAUGGCUAAAAUGUGAAAAGGCCGUAAACGACUGUGAAAGCUUCCUGAGGAAGCACAAGAUUUUGACCAGAAGCGGCACACAAUUUGGUUCAAGCAAAAGGUACGUAAGGAUCAGUUUGAUAAGCCAUAAGGAAGAGUAUGAUGAAUUUAUUCAACGGUUGUCUUUGCUCAGUUCUAUGGACACUCCAUAAAUAAAGUUUUAAGUCUUUUGUAGGCAUAGAUAUCCUCUAAAGACUAAGUGGUGCAGAGGGCUGUACACAAAAAUAUAUAUACUUGUAUUAGGGACAUUGCACUAGCUCAGUGUAAUCCUCAAUUUGUUUGAACCUUUGUCAUUCAAUUAAGGACAAAAGUCCCUAGAUGUCUUGUUUUGAUCAUCAAGGAACGUAUAUAUCACAAACUCAAAUGCAACGUCGGUUUCACAUCAUGAUGUGAAUAUUCAGAUACCUAGCAAUCAAAGAAUAUGGAAAAAUCCCUUAAGAAUGGUCUUUUUCUCUUUGUUUUCGAGAUAAGAUUCGCGUGUUGUUCUUGCUACAUCUUAGACCAUUUUGGGGAAAGGAAUAGUGGAAGAGACCUUAAGAGCAAGCAACACUAAAAUUGUGUUGCUACAUUGGUCAAAACCAAGUGGGAAGAAGAGAGGAUCCACACUCUGGUGAGUCUGCACCCCUGAAAAUGUGGAUUGUUGAGUCAAACCAAGAAAAUGGAUCCUUUGUACUGGUGCCACCCAAAUAAAAAUUGUUCGAAAACAUGUAUACUGAUUUGGAGAAAAAAGAAAAAGGAGUCGAUUUCUUGGAA